CUCAAAACUCUCCCUCCUCUCAUUUCUAUGCUAGGAGUGCGUUGCUCCGCGUUUCUGAUCGUGCGCGAGUCCAGAGUCAUAGGAGAAUCCAGGUUACUUGGGUUCAACCGCUCUCACGUCAUUGGCUGCGGAUUCCGCGUGGCUUGUAUCCUCUCCACUUUCGAACUGACUCAAACGCCAUUUAGGGGAUCCCGUUUUGCCCAAUUGAAUUGAGACCGGUCCUUCGCCCUUUUCUAGUUAUAAAAACUACCCAGCAUUUUUGCGACUUUACUCGCGACCGUCUACUGCGGGCCGCCUCGCCAUUUCCCUGUCUGCCUCGUAUUUUACACUCCGCCCGGCUAGUCGAGUACUCUCAUCGAAUUGCUGUUGGUCUCAUUUUCCCGCAUCGAGAUGUCCAAGGCGGCGCAAGGCUCUACGCGUAAGACACAGAAGGACAGGGAGGCUGUGAAGCCGAAGAAAGAGAGGGCGGUGUUUGACCUGCCAGGGCAGCUGAGAGAGGCACCAGAAGAGAAUGAGCCUCUUCGCAUAUUCUACGAGAGCCUCUACAAUCAAAUACCAGAAAGCGAGAUGGCUCAGAUAUGGAUGAUGGAGCAUGGGCUGUUGGACGAGGAUGAAGCUCGCCGAGUGCUGGUUAUCAAGCAAAGGAGAGGAGGAGGCCGGGGAGGUGCAGCAGCAACUCCUGCUUCUGCCAGAGCAGCCACGGCCGUCCGAGCCUCCUCUGCUGCUGCCUCGGCAGCUGCCUCCCGAGCCUCAGCCACUGCUCUGGGCAGCAAGCCUGGUUCGGCAGCAGGAGGCAAGGCACAAGCCAAGUCUCCAGCUUCGGCGACGAAAGUAGAACCGAGCAGCAAUGGUAGAGCGAGAGGGGGAGCUAAGACUCCUACGUCUGGAGGGCGCAAGGCAGCGGUGAAGGCAUACAGAGAUGAAAGUGAUUCGGAAGAAGAAAUCAUUCCUUUGAAGAAACUGCGCCGAUGACCUUGGAGGCUGUACAAGAUUUGUGUGACCAAUCAAGGCUUGUAUCAGGCGGCCACAAUGACGUUUGCCAUGUAUAAAACAUAUAUUUCCACUUCCUUCUCCGCACCAAUUUCGAUAUCGUUAUAGGAUUCUCCCUAAAUUUUGAGGAGUUGAAAGUUUUGCUUCCCAACCUCUUGUGAUUGAGAAUGCCUGUU